GAGAGAGAGAGAGGGAGGGUGUGUUUUUUCCAUCACUGCAGCAUCACAGCAGAAGGUGUAGUCCACCCAUUGGAUGGAGGGAUAGAGAGAGAGAGAGAGAGAGAGAGAGAGAGAGAGAGUAAGGUGUGUCUCACUGGGCGAGAGAGAGAGAUAAAGGACAGUAUACCUAUAAAGCAGAAGGACUGUGGACCAGAGAUCCAGAGAAGACCAGAUUUCUACAGAUAAACUCUAUACACACUCUACACACACUUGUGGGUGUGUGAGCCCGAGUGUGUGUUGGUGUGUGUGUGUGUGAGUACAUGUAUGACACACCCAGGGCUCUCGAUUGAUGGGACAGCGAACAAUGCCUCCAGCGCAGUGCCAACCAGCGCCCACUAGAGGGCGUCUCAGCGCCCCCUGCCUGCUGUUCACCUCCCUACACCUGCUGCUCCUCCUACUGCAGGGAGCCCAGGCAGCCAUCCACAUUCCCAAAGACUAUGUAACUAAUGACCUCAAGCAGCCGCCGGUCAUCACCUACCAGACCAGGUCUUACACUGCCUUCUACCAGGACGACGUCAGUCUGAGGUGUGAGGCCAGCGGUAACCCCGUCCCCACGUAUCGCUGGGUGAAGGAUGGGACGCUGUAUGUUGAAGAAUCAUCCAUCACUGCCAACGAGACGGACGAUCUGAAGUCCUACCAGGGGAAAUAUCGUUGCUACGUCUCUAACGAGCUGGGAACCGCCAUGUCCGACGAGAUCGAGCUCAUCACCGACUCUACGCCCAUCCUGCCUAAGGAGAAGAGGGUGAGGAAGACGGUGCACGAGGGGGACAGCGUGGUCCUCCACUGUAACCCCCCCAACAGCUCCGUCACCCCCUACAUUCACUGGAUGGACAGAAAGCUGAUGCACAUCCCUCAGAGCGACCGCGUCACCAUCGGUCUGGAUGGAAACCUGUACUUCGCCAACGUGCUGAAUAAAGACACCAGAGACGAUUACACCUGUAACGCCCAGUACUCCGCCGCCAGAACCAUCCUGCCCAAAGAACCCAUCUCCCUGCACGUGACCCCCUCGAACAUGGUGGUGAAGAGCAGACGGCCUCAUCUGCACCGGCCGGAGGGGAAGCGCAGUCAGUACCUCGCCCUCCGCGGAGAACCGCUCACCCUGGAGUGCAUCCCUCACGGCCUCCCCACCCCCACAGUGACCUGGACGAGGAAGGACGGCCCCCUUGAGACAUCCGACCUAAUUACAGUGUCCAGAUACAACCACCGGCUGGAGUUCCGGGAGGUUCUGGAGAGCGACGACGGGGAGUACUCCUGUACCGCCAGCAACACCCAGGGAUCCAUCACACACUCCUACACCGUCACUGUAGAGGCGGCACCAUACUGGACCAAAGUCCCUGAAAACCAGCGCUACGCUCCGGGGGAGAUGGUGAAACUGGACUGCCAGGCUGAGGGAAUCCCCACCCCCAAUAUCACCUGGAAAAUCAACGGCAUCCCCAUUACAGAGACGGAUGGAGAUCAGAGGCGGAGCAUUGUGGGCGGUACUCUGCGUCUGACUAACGUUCGCUAUGGCGACACUGCAGUGUAUCAGUGUGAAGCGUCCAAUAAACACGGAACCUCCCUGGUCAAUGCCUUUAUCCACAUCGUCGAGCUCCCCCCUCAGAUUCUGACGGAGGAUAAGGUGAUGUAUAAUCUGACGGAGGGCAGCUCUGUUUUCCUCGACUGUAGAGCUUUUGGCUCCCCCCCACCCAAAAUCACCUGGCAAAAUGAAUUUGGAGAACUCGCUCUGGAGAACGCCAGAGCCACGCAGUUCGCUAACGGCUCGCUACAGAUCACCGACGUCAUGCGAGAGGACUCAGGGAUGUAUUUCUGCUCUGUGAAGAACCUCUCCAUCAGUGCUACACUGGCAGUGAUGAAUCGGACUCGGAUCAUAAACCCCCCGCAGGACCUUCACGUCCCCCGCGGUCAGGCCGCAGUGCUGCAGUGCGAGUACCAGGUGGACCAGGAGCUUCUGGACCCCACCAUCCUGUGGAGGAAGGACAACAACAAGAUCAUGACAUCAGCGCAGGACGACAAGUACACAGUGUUUGAGAACGGGUCCCUCAAAAUAACGGACGUCCAGCAGAAGGACGCUGGGAGCUACAGCUGUGAGGUGAUGACCAAACUGGACGCGGACAAAGCCUCCGGAUCCAUCACUGUGGUCGAUAAGCCGGAUGCCCCUCACUCUCUCCGACUGUCGGAGAAGAGCAGCCGCAGUGUCACUCUGUCCUGGAUCCCUGGAAACGAGAAUAACAGCCCUGUAUCCGAGUACGUGAUCGAGGUGAGAGAGGAGAUGCACGGCCUGAGCGAGGUGAAGCGAGUGUCUGCAGAAAUGAACCACCUGGAGAUACCCCUGCUACCCUUCUGCACCUACAACUUCAGAGUGACCGCCGUCAACCACAUCGGCACCAGCGACUUCAGCCUGCCGUCAGAGUCAUAUACCACACCUCCAGCAAAACCUGAUAAGAACCCUGGGAGCGUCAGAAGUGAGUCCACCGAUCCGAAGAGCAUGGUGAUCACGUGGGAGGAAGUGGACCGGAGGCACUUUAAUGGACCCGGGUUCAGGUAUAAGGUGAUGUGGCGUCAGGCGGCAGGACAGGGACCCAAAUGGAACGAGGACUUCGUGUCCCACCCCCCCUUCACCGUAAACAACACCGACACCUUCAGCGCCUUCGAGAUCAAAGUGCAGGCGCUCAACGACCUGGGACACGGCCCGAGCCCCGCCCCCAAACUCGGACACUCGGGAGAAGACACUCCUCUGAAGCCGCCUACUGGAGUAGCAGUGAAUCAGUAUAACGACACCGCCGUCACCAUCACCUGGACCGCUGUGGACCGAGAGUCUGUACGGGGACACCUGCUGGGCUAUAAGAUACACCUGAAGAGACUGGGUCCUCAUCAGGAGCAUCACGGUAACAGGAAGCGCUUGCUGGAGAGGUCGAGAGAGGAGAGCUGGGAGAUCGAUGUUCUCAGAGACGAGAAAGAGGAGAAGAUCGUGAGCGGAUUGGAGUACUACUCCAACUACCAGCUGUCAAUCACCGCCCACAACAGCAAAGGGGAGGGGCCUCCCUCUGAUCCUGUUCAUUUCAACACACCUGAAGGAGUUCCCGGAGCACCGACUGAUCUGAGGUGUGAGAGUCCGUCUCAGACUAAACUCUCUCUGCACUGGAAUCACCCUCACAAACCCAACGGCGUCCUGAGAGGAUACGUCCUGCACUACCAGGCCCAGGGGGUAGAUGGCAGUCCCAGUGAAGUGCAGAUGGUAACCAUUCAUGAUCCGAGUUUGAACAACUACACUCUGGAUAAUCUGGACUCACAGAGCCGAUACUUCUUCAGUCUGAGAGCUGAAACCCACGCAGGACUUGGAGAGGAGGCCAAGGUCAACGCCACCACCCUGCUGGAUGGAGAACCGCCGAACUAUGUGAAUGCGACCGUGGGGGAAACGUCAGUAAACCUGAGCUGGGUUCCGGGUCACCGGCACCGAAACGUGGGAUUCACCAUCCAUUACCUGAGGAAGAGCGCUGGAGGUGAGUGGGAGGAGUCAGAGCAGGUGAACUCCACUCAGGCGUUCUACGAGCUGCAGGGUCUGCAGUCUGGAACCGAGUACGUGCUGGAGAUCCGACACAAGAACAUCACCUACUGGACCCAGGGACUACAGACCAACGGGCCGAGACUGUCGGAGGUGCAGAACGGGUUUGCGUCUCAAGGCUGGUUUAUUGGGCUGAUCAGCGCCGUGGUUCUGCUGUUGCUCAUCCUCCUCAUUCUCUGCUUCAUCAAACGAAGCAGAGGAGGCAAAUACUCAGUAAAAGAUAAAGAGGAAGGUCAGGUGGACUCAGAUGCUCGACCAAUGAAAGACGAGGCAUUUGGAGAGUACAGAUCACUGGAAAGCAGUGAUAACGACGAGAAGCGCUCCAUCAGCCAGCCGUCGCUCUGUCCGGACAGCAAGCGCGGCAGCGACGACAGCCUGGCCGAGUACGGCGACAGCGUGGACAUCCAGUUUAACGAAGACGGAUCGUUUAUCGGUCAGUACAGCGGCCGCAGGGACCAUCACGCCCACGCCGACCGCGACAGCUCCGGCGCCGCCUCCCCCACCAAUCCCAACAUGCCCCGCCCCAGCAUGAGCUUCCCCAACUCCGUCACCGGCAUCCUGGGGGGAAACUGACCCGACCGGACCAACGGAGCGACCCACGAUGACCUACGCAUUCCUUCACGUCCAGAUCAAUAGCGAUACUGCCGAGCGAGAGAAAGCAUUCUGGGACUGAUAACCUUAACUUAACACAAGACACGACUGGACGCUAACCGUCUGCAAACGUAGAGUUUCUGCUGACGGUAAGCGUCCACAAACAUAAUGACACUUCUGAUGCUAACUGCCCGCAAUCGUUACCACACUGCUGAGGGUAACCGUCCACAAACAUAACAAUGCUGACGCUACCUGUUCGCAAAUGUAAGGACUCUGCUGACGGUAACCAUCCACAAACAUUACGGUUCUGCUGAUACUAACCAUCUGCAAAUGUAUUGACACUGUUGAUGGUAACCGUCCACAAACAUAACGACUCUGCUGAUGCUACCCGUUCGAAAAUGUAACAACACUUCUGAUGGUAAUCGUCCGCAAAUGUAACGAUUCUGGUGACAGUUAUUGUCUGCAUACUUAAUGAAUCUGCUGACGGUAACCAUCCGCAAAUGUAACGACACUGCUGACAGUAACUGAACUGUCCACAAGACUUUGCGGAUGGUAACCGUCCAAAAAUGUAACAAUGCUGACGCUAACUGUUCGCAAGCGUAAUGUCUUUGCUGACGGUAACCGUCCGCAAAUGUCUCAACACUGCUAAAAGUAACUGUCCGCAAACGUAGCGCCUCUGCAAAAGGAAACCACCCAACAAUGCUGACAGUAACCGUUCCGCAAACAUGCCGACUCUGCUGACAGCAACCGUCCGUAAAUGUAACGACACUGCUAAUGCUACCUGUCCGCAAAUGUUACGGUAACUGCCGGUGAUGCUAACUGUCCGCAAACAUAACGACACUGCUAAUGCUAAAGCACACACACUCGUCUAAAGACCUGGACAGACCGAGCGAGACUCGAUGCGACUGUAAACACACAAUUAAAAAAUUUUGGAAUCACUGUUUUAACUUUUUGUAAAGCUUAGAAGUGAUUUUAUCUACUUUUUGUUUUAUUCUACUGGCAGAUAAUUAAGCUUACAUCAGGAUUUAUGUAUUUGAUUAUUUAACUGAGAUAAAUAUGCAAAUAGUUAUAGAGUAUGCAAGUUUAGUAAAACACUUUUAAUAAAAAGUGUAAGAUAAAAUUACAAAACUGUUACUAAAAAAAAGUGAUAAAAAGUGACUCAAAUGAUAUGGAGAAAAUAUCCAGCAAGUAAAAUAAUCUUAAAUAGUCCAAAAUUUGUAGUCAGUGUAAGAUUAAAAGAUAGUCAUUUAUUUUAACUAAUUUGAUUUUGCCGAUUUUUUAAAUUAUCUGUCAGUAAAAUUACUUUCUAUAUUUAAAAUGACUUAAAAGAGUAAACAGUUUACUUAGUAAUAAAUUAUAAUAAAAUACUUUUAACGUUUAAUGUCUAUACUGAUUGAAUAAAGUAACAAAGUAAGUAACUUAAUCAUAUCCAGCUACUAAAUUGAGUGUGAUUAAGAAAAAUAAUUCAGUUUUAAGUUUUGUAGAAUUAUAUAAUUAUACCUGAUUUCCUACUUUUUAAUAAUCCCAUGUGAACAAAAUUAAAAAUUAAUUUUAUUUUAUAAUUCAGUGAUUUUAGCUGUAUAAUUUUAUUUUAAUUGAAAUUUGAAUUGAAUAUUUCACAUACAGUAUAGAUAAUAGUGGGCUAUUAUAAACAGUGAUUCCAUUCUUUUGAGUGUGUAUAUUUCCAUAUUCUGUAAAAAGGGUUAAUAUAUUGAUUAUUGAUCAGUUAUUUAAUGUGUUCAGGCCUUUAGACUCGUCCCAAUAAGAAAAACUAACAUUCCGGACUCGUUCCACCACUUUACCAAACCUCCAGAGACGUGUUUACACAGGUUUACAGCUGAGGGGGAGGAGUUUAAUCUGAAUUCACUCCUCUUUAUUUACUGUUUCACACUCUUCCUCCUGCGGCUCCUCUUUCCUGUAACAUUCCCUAUGAAGAAACUGAUAAAAGAGAGAUAAAAUUACUAAAAAUCUAAUCUCCAAACCUCCAUAAUUAAUUCUUCAUUGACUUAAUAUUAUAACAUUUAACAACUACAAUAACUCCUAAAAAAUGUAUUUACCUGCAAAUCUUUUUUUCUUAAAAAUACUUAAAAUACUUACCAAUAAAAAUGUGUUUUUGCAAUGCAAUUAAAGCCUUAAACUCAAAUAUCCAUAAUGCAUCGCACAAACAAUUGUGUAUUAUUUCUGACAUCAGAAUAUGACACAAAUGAAUUCUGCAUACAAAUUUAUCCUGCUUAAAAAGUGUGUAAAAUUAAAAUACUAUAUGAAUAACAAAUUAACAAAUCAGUUAUUCAUAGGGAAUCUUAUAGGGAGAGCCGUAUCAUUGGUUUUGUUUUUAAACACAGUUGUUGUUUGUUUGUUUGGGUCCAGUGAAAAAGUCUUAAUUCAGAACAAUAAAAUAAUAACGCACAUUUUACAAAAUUAACAGAGGA